GAUUUCUGUGUCAGAUCAACCGCGCGAAACCUGGACACAAACGAUUGUGGUCACUUCUCUGUUGCUACGCAACAAACAAAGCAAGAGAGAAGAUGGCUGCCUUUGUCGUGAAGUUUGACGGCGAAAUGGCUGAGCUAAUACAAUAAAACAAAUAUGGCUAAUUUAGCUUGAAAUUUUUAAAAACCGAAUAUGGUAUUUGAUGCCAGGGACUUUGUUGGUUCUCCUGACAAAAGGAAUGUCCCGAAAUCGCAACAAAAGUCAAAAUUUGAGAAGCAAAGAGAAGAAGAUGUUUUUCGGAAUGCGCACGAGAGGGGUUUUCUCAAGGCGGCAAGCGAGGAAGCAAUAUGGGAAAACAUCGGGGAAAAAUGCAAUCUGGAAGACGUGAACUAUCUGAACAUGAGUAGUAUCCAUCUACAUACUGUGCGAUCUAUAGAUUUGUGUGUGAAUCUAAAAAUUUGCGUGCUAGCGUGCAACUACAUAAAGAAUUUUGAUGCUUUAGGUCAUUGUCGUCAGCUAAUGUUCUUAGAUCUUCACAGCAAUCAGAUUACUAAAAUCCCAGGUCACAAGUUCUGGGCUGGUCUACAGGAGCUAACAACAGUCUUCCUACACGAUAAUGGGAUAUCUAGACUGGAUUACAUCCAGCUCAUGGCAUCAUCACCCAGUCUUUCAAUCCUUACCUUGUAUGACACCCCACUUAGCCUCAAGCCAAGUUACCGUCACCAUGUUGUUAACAGCUUGUGGUCGCUCAAGGUGCUUGACCGACAUGUGAUUUCUGAUGAGGAGAUCAUUGAGGAUGCUACAUUCAGUGGAAGGUUUUCUGCUCUGAGACCAUCUUUUUUGAUUGACUUGAAAGCACCCUUUAAAAAGGAACACAACUAUGAUGAAGCUCUCAAUCAUGUUAACAAACUUAUCUCCCAAGUGAAUCAUAUCCAAGCCAAAAACUCCCCUGUGCUUAUCAUACAAAAGCUGAUAAGAGGCCAUUUGGCAAGACAGAGAGUGAAGUACCUCCAAGACAUGCGCAUCUGGGCUGCUGUGUCUAUUCAGCGCUUCUAUCGCCACUACAAGGGACACGGACGGGUGGAACCAUUCGCUCCUCCGUCCUCGCCCGCCCCUAGCCGCUCCUCCUCUGCUGUCAUCCGACUCGACUACGAUUCGUACGUGAAGGACAUCAAACCAGGCUAUCAAAGCAGGGUGACGCCCAAGUCCUCCGAGGAAAAACUCAAGUCAAAAUCACCCAGCAAAAGUGUCUCUAUCGUUGUAGAACCAAUCGAUCGAAUCUAUGAGGAGGAAGAAGGAAGCAGGGUUUCUAAUACUCCAACUGAGGAAAAACUCGCCUCGGACGACGGGAGCCCUGUUCGCGUCACGACGCGCGUGAGUAUUAAUCUCCUAAGACUGGAGACUAGUACGUCAGAUAUCAUCAAAGCUCAAAAGGAGGCGGUGAAGGUUGAGAGAGAACUGGGUCUAGAACCUAAAAAGAGCAAGAUGGCGGUGAAAAUUUCAAAAACUAAGACGGUGUCGACGUUAAGUGCGAAAGAGAAGCCUCAAACUAAGAGUAAAGAAUUGCUAAAAGAGGAAGAAAGAAUUUGGAACCGUACUAAAAGGCGGAAGCGAAAAGAUCGAGUUGUGAGAUAUCCAACUGUCAGGGUGUUUUUCGGUCCGAUUGCAGAAACACACCCGAGGACAGAAAAAGUAUUCGAGAAUUCCGAGGAAGCACCACGAGCUCAGUUUCGUUUGUCAGGCCUUGAUCCGCCUAUAAACACAACAGAGCCUCUCUUGGAAAUGCUGGCGUCAAAACGUGAGGCGGGGAUCGAGGUGCGCAAAGCAGCACGGGAACACGAACUUAAUGUUCUGAACGAGCCACGUAAAGUGAUAAUUCCCAGGCCCACGAUGAAUAUUGACCAGCGGUUGUUCAUGCGCACGCAUGGUACGAUGGGUAUAGCCUGCUUGCGUGCAGUACAGCAGGCGUAUCGGGACCGUGAGCGUGCCGAGUCAGCAAGUAGUAAAAGCGAAAAGGUCGCUCAGUUGCGCGAAGAGAGACUUCAAUCUAGGGAACGUGUCCAGGCCUUUAAGACCGACUACCAGGAAACUACACUCCGACGGCGCUUGCGCGAAGAGGUGAAGACCGCUGAGGUGUUAAAGGAGCGCGAAGCACGACGGGUUGCGGAGCAGGAGAGGUUACAAACGGCUCGCGCAGUCACCGCUGAGCAGAAGAAAUCUCGCCAGGCGGACCGGAUGUUCAUGAACGAUUUUUCGUGCCAGCAGACGUCUGUUUCAAACGCUCUGUUGAAACACGACCGCGUGGCUCAUAAAGAUGAAACGAUCUUGUUAUCCGAGGAUGUGGUCCGCAAGGGAAAAGAGCUGAGCCAAGAGAACCAGAGUCUUGUCAAGCGAUACAUGGAGCAUCGACAGCUGUUACGACAGGCGGAGACCGCCAUGGCUCGCGCCGACCUGGAUGCGCGCAUGCUCCAGGAAGCUACCCAACGUGUUACGCAAGCCAAGUCACGCGUCUCGCAUCUCAAGUCGAGGCAAAAGGAAGCACAGGAAUUCUACGCCCUCCCGCCUACUAACGCGCCCGCACCCUUACCCCCACUGGCUGUUGUGUCGCCGGACCAAGAGGAAGUUUGGAGGCGGUUACCUAGGUUCCACUGGGCGCCGCGUAGUCAUGAGCGCGCACAAACCGAGCCCGCGAAUACUGGUGAACGCAGUUCGCGUGUGUCGCGCAUGUACUCAUUCGAGCCUGAAUUCGGAUUGGUUUAGAUAGAAACUUUUAUAAAUUGUAUGGCCUUCUUUACAAAGAAGAGAAACUAUAUUUCUUAUAAGCAGCAGUUUUGAUUAAUUUUUCUACGAUGGCCUUAUUAUGAAGAGAAUAUUUUAGCAGUUUUCUUCGUUUCUCACUUUUGAAAAUAAUUCUGAUGUAGUUUAUAGAACUUUUUGUACAAAUAUUUAAUGCAUUCCUCUCUCGAGACGAAAACAUAUGAUGAGUUGUCUAGCAAACUAGCAUCUGUUUUAUAUUCUCAACAAUUCACGAGAAAUAAAUUCAUCAUAAUCCAG